AUGAAUUUCUUUUCUUUUCUUUCUUUCUUUCUUUCUUUCUUUCUUUCUUUCUUUUUUAAUUUCAUUAAAAGAAAAGAGAAUUUUCUUUCUUUCUUUCAUUUAAGUUGUUUAGUUUUUCUUUUCUUUCUUUUUUUCUUCCUUUUUUUAUUUAUUGCAUGCUUUCUUUUAUUGAUUAAAAUUAUCUCUCUUUCUCUUUCGUUCGUUCUUGCUUCUUUCCAGCCGACAUUUCUUUCUUUCUUUCUUUCUUUCUUUCUUUCUUUCUUUCUUUUUCUUUCUUUCUUUAUUCAUUUAUUUAUUGCUUGCUUUCUUUUAUUGAUUAAAAUUAUCUCUCUUUCUCUUUCCCGACAUUUCUUUCUUUCUUUCUUUCUUUCUUUCUUUCUUUCUUUCUUUCUUUCUUUCUUUAUUUAUUUAUUUAUUUAUUUAUUUAUUCAUUUAUUUAUUGCUUGCUUUCUUUUAUUGAUUAAAAUUAUCUCUCUUUCUCUUUCGUUCAUUCUUGCUUCUUUCCAGCCGACAUUUCUUUCUUUCUUUCUUUCUUUCUUUCUUUCUUUCUUUCUUUCUUUAUUUAUUUAUUUAUUUAUUCAUUUAUUUAUUGCUUGCUUUCUUUUAUUGAUUAAAAUUAUCUCUCUUUCUCUUUCGUUCAUUCUUGCUUCUUUCCAGCCGACAUUUCUUUCUUUCUUUUCUUUCUUUCUUUCUUUAUUUAUUUAUUUAUUUUAUGCUUUUUUCAAAUUGAUUAAAAUUAUCUCUCUCUUUUCUUUUUCGUUCAUUCUUGCUUCUUUCCAGCCGACAUUUCUUUCUUUCUUUCUUUCUUUCUUUCUUUCUUUCUUUCUUUAUUUAUUUAUUUAUUCAUUUAUUUAUUGCUUGCUUUCUUUUAUUGAUUAA